AUGUCCGGUGACGAUGUCGAUACUGAAGGGGUUUGGAAUUCUGUGAGGAAGAAACAUUUCAAAGCAUGGAUCCCUAGGUGGGACGUGUUCUCGGUGGGCAAGAUGAAGGAGGUGAAGAGGUUAGAAUCGAUUUACGUUUCACAUUUUCCUGACAGAUGUAAGGCGAGGGAUUUGUUUCAGGUGUUUGGGUGUAUUGGAGAAAUCUUUGAGGUUGCAAUUUCGCCCAGGAGGAACAAGGUGGGAAAACGCUUCGGCUUUGCGAGAUUUGUUGAUGUUGCAGAUGCACGUUUACUGGCGAUGAAGGUUGAUAAUGUGUCCUUUGAUGGGGUUAAGAUACACGCUAACGUACCCAGAUUCUCGAGAAAAGCUGCUGAGGGUUAUCCGCAUAGAGUGUUGAAGAAGGAUGGCGCUCUUCCUAGCUUUAAGGGAGGGAGGUUUUAUGAAGGUCAGGGGGCGAAUUCUGUGAUUGAUGCGUCGAGGAGAAAACCACGUUCUUUCGUUGAUGUGGUGGCUGACAGGUUUGAGGGUGGGGAUAAUUUAGUGAUUAAGAAAUCUCCUUUGAUUUACUCUUCGAUGGAGGAAGACAGAGUUAGAUUAUCAAAAGCUUUGGUCGGGACGCUUCGGAUCCCAGGGUCGGGAAUGGGGAUUCAAUUACAGGUGGAGAGAGCGGGCUUCUUUGCUAUCAAGGUGAUUCCACUUGGUGCAACCAAGUGUCUUUUGGAGGAGAUUGAGGAAGGUUCUUUGGUGGAUUUUACGAAGGAAGGUGAGACAUGGUGGCAGGAUUGGUUCUCCGAGGUUUCCGAAUGGAAAAUUGAUUUGGUUGACCCGUUUAGAACGGUGUGGCUUCACUUUUGA